AUGCCUGAGUUGACGGGUUUAGAUGACGAGGAAGCAGACAUAAGUGACUAAGGAGUCAGAGACCGUGACACCCAAACGAGGGAAGCAAGCAAGGACUAUGUUGACGAAAAGUUCCAUGCGAAAGAGCGAGACGUGCGAGAGGGAGAAUUGUUUCUGUUGGAGCAGAAGAGACAAAACAAGUUAUCGUCAUCGUUUAGGAAGGAGCCAUAUGAUGUGAUGACUCGGUACGGGGAUCAAGUUGUGUUGAGGUCGGCGAAUGGGGGGGAGUACAGGAGAAAUAUGCCGCAUAUUUAA